UCUGGCUGGCCCAGCUGUUCGCCGUGAUGCUCUGGGCCAGUCAUUUCCCUCUGGGCCCCUCUGGCACUGAGGGGUGUGGAUGAGGAAACCUCUGAGGCUUCCCUGCCAGCUCUUACCGUGACUAGUUCUGACAUCGUGACUUAGAAUGUCUUUUCCACUCAGCCACUGUGAGGUUCUAACAUGGUCCCCACGAAGCAGUCAGGGUCAGGGCUGCCAAACCACAAUAGGCCUCUGUUUUCCACAGACUCCUGGACAUUGGGCUCUGGUAGGCUGUGCUCUUCAUUCAGGGUACUCCCAAAGAGGGCCUUACGGAACCCUGAUGAUGUACUUCUGGGUGUGACCUUCACCCAAGAGACACAGGCACUGAAGGUGACACCAGCGUAUGUAGGCAGGCCGGACAUGCCGCAAGGCCGGGCCUUGAGAAGCAGCAUGGCACCCCCCCCACUUUACGCUGUCACCAAGAGCAUACAGCUUACCUAGGAGCAUUUACUGAGGGCUUCUCGUGCUAAGCAGUUUACGUACCUUAUCUCGUUUCAAGCUUACCACACCCCUCUAGGGUGACUACCAUGUCCCCACAUUUUACAGGUGGGAAUAAAGCUUAGAGUGGUUAAGGUACUUGCCCCAAACACCGUAGCUAAUGAGGGUGCAACACAUCAUACUGCCUGCAACAGCGCCCAGGGGGCUGUGGUCUUAGAUCCUGCUCCAGACUCGCACAGGCCACCCUGGGCAUGGCGUUCACUCUGAAGGCUGUCGGACCGGAAGCAGCCUGCCACGGGACAUCAGGGAGCAGUCCUCUGUGGGGGUGGUCCUCGCAGAACUCAGUCAUCAGGACUGUUCUCCUGUGUUGCCCGGGGGACAACUCAGAUGCAGGGAGAAGUGGGGUUCACCUUGGCUUGGUGCGUUGUAAGCACUAAGAAACACCACGGCCCAGGGGAGCUGAUAACGCCCUAGUUCCCCGGGCAGAACAACUCCAUAGGCAUAGCUCCCAGGGUCCCCGCGAGGGGCCUGCCCAGUGAGUACUGCACUCAGGAAGCCCAAAGCUGUGGCUUUUUAGCAGAUGUUUAUAGCUUGUACAUAGAUCUCCGAGUACAGUUAGGGGUCAUUUUUACCAUAAGUAAUGCUGCCUUGAAACGGCUUACAUUCCGUUUCUAUCUAGCUUCCAAGGGAACAAAACUAGCCAGGUAACUGAAUGUCCAAUUCUGCAGGAGCGGAGAGGAUCUGUCACCCCUUCACUCAUACUGCCCUGACCUCUGGGGUCAGAAUUAAAUGUUAUUAAGGAAAACAAACAAACAAAAACUCAACUCUGAAAUUGUUUCACAAAGCCAAGCCUCCUAAUAGUGACCAGAGUCAUCCAGAGAAGCCGCAGUGGCCUCCAGCAGGCCCGCCGCACCCAUGCUGCCAUGCAGGCGAGACCACUCCAUGGACACCGACAGUCCAGCCACCCACAAAGUGGGGAGGCAUGUGGGAAAGUGGGACUGGGGACAGCGCUGCAACAGGAAGAGGACAACAGCUCCCCUGCUGAGGAACACUAGGAGGAAAAAAGCCAGGUGCUUCAGGAGGUAACGAGUCCAGGCUCUGCUUAGGGCUGAAACCAUCAGGAACCCUCUGCCCCUCCCCACCUGUGUCCCCUCCCUACCUGCUGGCCAUGUGGUCCGUGUCACCUCUCCACUCUGUCUCCGUUGUCCUGGCCAUUAGUCCUGAGCAGGAUUGUCCACAGCAUUCCUCUUUGACAUCUCUGUGGAACAACCUGAAGUCUUUCUCUGCUCUGGCACUAGUGGUCCAGCCUCAGGCCUCGUGCCACAAUCCCUCAGGAAGAGCCAGAAGGUGACUCGCCCCUCCUUGCAACUAAAGCUAAAAAUAUGGAAACCCUUCUUGCCUAGGAGAGUCCAGACACUUCUCCCCUCAUUGUCCCUCUGCUUUUUGCAGCCUCCUUAUCCUAAUACCCAAGUCAUUCCAUUCCAUCAGGGAACUCCACAGCUGGAACCUCCCGCCCAAGGACUGACGGUCACAGCUAAGCAUCAGAACUGCGUGUUUGGGCCUGGCCUUUGACACAAGGCUGCUGCGGAUGCUUCCAGGGGCCGGCAGCCAACAAGCCCCAAUGUACAGACAGUGGGCCUGAGAUACCCAUGGGUGGCUGGGGCUGGCCACUGUCAAGGGUCGGGUGGGAAUCAACAGGCAGUCACUGGUAUGCAAGGGGAGGGCUCAACACAGGCCAGAGUGCCAUGGGGUCCAGAUGGCAAAGGCUGUGUCCACACUACUUGUCCCCUAAGUUCCAGAGUUAGCUGUCCCACGUAAUGGCCAAGCUCAGUCCCCACCCCCGCCCAUGUCCCUCUGCCCCUCAGCUGGCCUUCCUGGGCAGUUAGCACAGACACCCAUCCUUGAUGUGGUUUCAGGGAUCAUGGCCAUGGGGGGCCGCCAAGCGGAUACUCUCCAAAUAACGUGAAAACAGCCGUAUCCCCAGCCUCCCCCUGCCCCUCGUCCUUGGGCCCAGCUCACAUGCUUAACUUUAAAUUCAAGAGGCUCUUGUCUCCAGUGCCAACCUGGGAUUUGUCGAUAAGGUCACAGAUGUCCAGCGAGAGGAUCAAGAGGGGCUGCUUCUCCCACAACACUGGACUCACAUCUGCCACUGCCCUAGCUGCCUGCAGAGGACCCCCGAGAAAAGUAGAACUGAUGUCAGCUCACAUAAGGUCGUUAAAGAGCCCAGGGAGAUAUGUCAUACAGUGGUUUAAAGAGAUUUCCAGUGAGAAAGUUUUGGCACCCAAGUCAGUUUGGCACGUUUCCUCAGGACCGCUGCCCGACAGCAAGGCUGCUAGUAAAGUCUGUCCGGUUCUCUGGUUGUGUUCACGUGCUUCGUCUGUCAGGGCGCCUCUCCUGGCCAGCUGUCUGUUUCUGCACAACUCAACUCGAGUCAACCGGCUGAAACAGCUACAGCCCAGUUGUACGGUUGCUGUGAGAGUGGCGCAUGAUGGUGGAGUCUGGAGAGGCCUGAAGGACACGGGAGGGAGCAUGGGGAGCUGAGCCGCCGUCGUCGUAACUCUCAGAACUGUGACUGCAGGGGGGGCAGCCCUGGCUGCAGGGGGGGCAGGGGCAGGCACCUGACAGGCUCUGCCCAGAGCGCCACACUGCCACCACGUGGGCCAGGGGCCUCUUCCUUCCCCGCACCAUAGUCUCUUUCUCAAGUUCCCCACCGGAGCUUCUCCCUCAGAGCCUCAGAGGGGAACAAAAAUUCAUUCACAUCUUCAGAAUGGCUGCUCAAAGAAGGAAGGCAACCUUCUCAACAUGGUCACACAGCUUCCCCAGUCUGAAGCACCUGCCUUUGGACCCCACCCUCCCUGGGCCCAAUCAGGACUUCCACAGGCAAUGUGGGAAAGUGCUGCCUACAUCUGUGUAAUGCAGAGCACUAUCAAAGGCCCCACCCACCCACCCAAGAGCAGAUUGCUGCAUUAAUAAAGGCUGUGUAUCCCCAUGUCAAACAGUAGGUGACAACCCUGUCCUUCAAAAGAGUUGGUACUGCUUGACUAUUUUUCAGGGCUUUCCUGGACAGCAACCUCUGUCUCUGGCAUAAAGAAGGGCCUGGUAUCGGGGGAGCCCUGGAACCAGCUGUGUGUUCUGAUCCAUCCUGUGGUAGCUGGGUCCUGUCUGUGCUCGGUGGAGCCUGGGAUUGGUGACAGAGGGGGAGCUGGGGAUUUGAGGCAGCAGGGGACCUGUGUGGGCUCUGGGGCCUAGGGAGAUGUUACGGGGGGAGGGGUGUGUCUUCAGCCCCUGGAUUCUGAGCGCCGCCCCGAGGGAGCCCUGCGGCCAGGGUGCUUGGUGUAUCUGUUUACAGCUGUAUCUGUUUACGGUGCGGGUGGGGAGUGGAGGAGGGGUUUUCCUGAUUGACUUCCCAACCCUGCCUGCCUGAGUUUGGCCAAGAAGGCAUUGUUGAUGCUCAUGAGCUCACAGAGGUGGCUGUGCAGGCCCCGCCCACUUCCUACAGCCCUGGUUCUCCCUGCCCUGUGCCCAGCCCCCAAGUGCCCUCGGAGCUGCUGCCCAGGGGUCAAGGGGCUGUGGGAGCUCAGGGCUAGCACCUCCCACGAGUCCCCAGGAACCAUCAGGACAUGAGGGUCCUAGGCCUCCUUUUUCCUCCUAUUCCUGUUUGCCCUGAAUGCCCCCACCCCAGCUGUGGUGGCCCCCAGGCCCUUCCUGCCUCAAGGAUCCAAUCAGAAAAGAUGCAGCCCAGUGGUACCUGCCACAGAGACCGGAGGCUGGGUGUGUUGGGCCCCUGCCAAUCUGUGAAGCUCCCAGGAGCCUUGGCACCCCCUGAGUCCCCUGGGAGGCCCUGGGCUAAGCUGAGAGCCCAGGGCCUUGAGAGGAGCCACCAGCACUGAGGAAUCCAGGAAGCCCUUCCGAGGGACACCCCUCCAGAGACCCCCAGGAAGAGAUCACCACAAACACAGGCGCAGGAGCCCCUCAUGGAGCCUCCAGGCGAGCAGCACUCGCAGGAAGCACCCCCAGAAGAGUCCCUGCCCAAGGAGUCGGGCCUCGAGGUGGCACCCAGCACGCACGUUCUCUAUGUGGGCCACCUGAACCCACAGUUCUCAGUGCCUGUGCUCGCCUGCCUGCUGCGCGACACCCUGGAGAGGCUGGAGCUGCCGGUGGCACGGGAGCACAUUGAGGUGGUGCGGCGGCCGCGGAAGGCCUAUGCACUGGUGCAGGUGGCCACACACGGGGACACCCUGGCCUCCCUCCACUGGCGCCUGCAAACAGCCUUGGAGGAGCACCAGAUCCUCAAGGAGCUGGUGGCCCGCGGGAAGGAGCUGGUGUUCGGUGAGGGCCGAGGGCCCUCGAGCCACAGAGAGGAGGAGGACAGCGGCCCAAGCCCCAGCCUCAGCCCCGGCCCCUGCCCUGACCCCAGCCCAGGCUCCCACCUCCGGCCGACCCGGCUCACCAACACCCCUCCUACCCGGGCCCUGGCCCAGCGGCAGCGGCGGCAGAGCUCCUGGGUCCCACCCAGCAGCACACGCUCCGACAGUGCCAUCAUGCACCAGAAGAUCCUGGGCCAGGAGCAGCUCUUCCAGGGCGCCUUCCUGGGCAGCGAGACGCGCAAUGUGGAGUUCAAGCGGGGGGGCGGCGAAUACCUGACCCUGGCCUUCAAGCACCACGUGCGGCGCUACGUGUGCGCCUUCCUCAACAGCGAGGGCGGCAGCCUGUUCGUGGGCGUGGAGGACAGCGGCCUGGUGCAGGGCAUCCGCUGCAGCCACCGCGACGAGGACCGCGUGCGCCUGCUGGUGGACUCCAUUCUGCAGGGCUUCAAGCCCCAGGUCUUCCCUGACGCCUACACGCUCACCUUCAUCCCUGUGGUCAGCACCUCCACCACCAGCACCCCCCUCAAGGUGAUCCGCCUAAGUGUGCACGCCAAGGCCCAGGCUGAGCCGCAGCUCUACGAGACAGACCUAGGGGAGGUGUUCCUGCGGCGUGACGGGAGCACCCAGGGCCCGCUGUCCGUCUGCGCCAUCCAGGAGUGGUGCAGGCAGAAGUGGACAGCGGAGCUGAGCAAGCUGGAGGAAAAGGUGAACGUGUUGACGGUGGAGAAGGAACAGCUCCAGGAGCAGCUGCAGCAGCAAAAGCCUGUCUCCUGCACCUGCUGCGUCCUGUGAGGGCCCCAGUGGGCAGGAAAGGGCGGCGCAGGGAGGCGCCUCUCCUCAGCCUGGGCAAUGCAGGGGUUUCCUAUGUGAGCCAGAGUCCUCCCAAUAAAACCCAUCUGGGCUGCUCAGAGGUGGCUGGGAGCACCCCACUUCCUCGAUCCUUCGACAACCCUGCCCACACACAGGCGGGUCCCAUGUGCCUUUGAUCCUGAGCAGACCCCAGUCUGUGUAGCUAAAAGGUAGCUCUUGACACCAUCCCCAAGGAACCUUACUUUCAGAAAAAACUUGGCCAGAGCUGUCCCAGGGCUGACUGUUCUUCUCCAAAAUGCUCACUGCGCCCAGGCUGGGGUCUGACUCCAGUGGGCUAGACGGCCAGAAAGGAAUGUGUCAUCCUAGGAAAGCCCCCCGCAGCGGCGAGGCACACUCGCUAACUGUGGUGCAGGGCAGGCUGGCCACCCUGCAGCCCCCAGCCCGUCUGCUGGGACCUGUGAUGGUCAAAGCUCUUUAAUAAAUUACAUGCACCUGGGGCAAGAACGGUUAUUUCUAGGGACCCAAUGUGGCAAUGAACGCCAAACUCUGAGCUCCUCAGGGACACCCAACCACAGCGCCUGAGCCAGGUCUUCAGAGGCUGCUUGAGAAGUGCACAGAGGAGGGGCUGCUCAAGAGGUCAGAGGCGAGCCAUCUGUGAGCACCUUCCACGUGCCAGGCACAUGCUCAAGGCCAGCCCAGGCAUCCCGACCCUCAGGAACACUCCUGUCGGGAAGCCGGUUUCCACAAAGGCAGGGUGAGGUCAGGCCGUAGUUGCGCUGCUCGACUGUAGGAACUUGCCCGGCUCACCUGGGUUGAAGUGAAGGGCACUGGAGGCACUUUGCUGGGUCUCCUCCCCAAGGAGAAGCCUCUGGGCACCGGACAGUCAACACCGGGCAUGGAAGGCCACCAUCCUGCACAGCCUCAGCUUCAGCCCUCGCCCCGGUACAGUCCUGUCUGCCACAGCCCAGGUGGCAGGGCUGGUUGAGUUUUGUAAGCCCUAAAGCCAUUUGGGGUCCCAUUUCUAGCAGGGUUAUGCAAGAGGCCAGCACUCAACAACUGGUCAGCUGAGACACUGUGAAAGGCAGGGGCGGCAAUACCAGCCCCCUGCGAAGCUUUUGCAAACCACCCACACCCACCCAAGUCCUGGCUGUUGCAGGGACACUGCCGUCACCAACGGACAUGUCAGAGCCCUCAGUUCGGGGAAGGGCUUUUAUAAAAAUGCCUGAAGCCUGUCUGAUGGACCACCAGGUGGGAAAAGAGGCUAGAAUGCACCCAGUCGCCACACUCAAAGUAGCAAGGCAAGUGUGAAGACCUCUGUCAGCAAAGACACUUGAUUUCGGUCCAUGAGAAAUGAAGACAAAGGCCAAGAGGAGGAACGCCGGCUCCUGGGCCUCAGCAGUCAUGGUGGCCUUGGUCUAGUGAGUGGAAGGAUAAAAGGGAGCCUCCUCCUUUUCUGGAUCUCUUUGACGGAGGGCCAGGUCAAAUGGUGAGAAACAUUUUUCUCCCCAACCCCUAAUUUCUCAAAUAUCAAUGAGUUGGGCCGGCCCCGUGGUCCCGUGGUUAAG